CUUUCCCUCAAACCCUCUCCAGCCAGGACCAAUGUACUUCCUGACCCCACGGAAAUGUGGCCUAUUUGGUGUUUCAUGUGAAGGGCUGCAGAAACAGGUGAAUUACCUGAUUGAUGAAGGCAUGUCAUCUACUAAGGGAAGCAAUGAAGUCAUCAGCUACAUGCAUCAUUUCUUCGGCAACUUUGGAGUUGGAGAAACAGAGGUGGAUCUUCAUUGUGACAACUGCAGUGGGCAGAACAAGAACAACUUCAUGCUCUGGUACCUUGCCUGGCGGGUUGGACACAAGCUUCACGAUAAAAUUGAAAUCCACUUCCUUAUUGCUGGCCACACCAAGUUUUCCCCUGACUGUGGCUUUGGACUCAUCAAGCAAGCCUACAUGAAGACAAGAGUCAACACUUUGGCAGACAUCGCUGAGGUUGUGGAAAACAGCUCUCCUGUGAGUCACCUCAAUAUCCCACAGCUUGUUGGAACGGCAGAGGGCAAAGUUUUAGUCCAGACCUUCGACUGGCAGCAGCAUCUGACUCGCCACUUCCGUAGACUCCCACAGAUCAAGAGUUAUCAGCACUUCAGCUUUGAAGCCAAGAGACCAGGUGUGGUGCUUGCAAAAGUCACCGUGAUGCACAACCUGUCGAAUAUCAGCUACUGCGCUGACGGAGCAGAUCUGCCCCCUGUCGACGGUCUUCCUGUCCUGGCCCCACCUGGACUGAAAAUUGACAGGCAGACCUAUCUAUAUGAAAAAAUCAGGCCAUUCUGUGCUGACGAGGCAAGAGACAUCACAUGCCCAGCGCCAAGGGUCACAACACAGAAGAGUCCACAGAAGAGGAUGCGAAUAAUGCAACUUAUUCCACCCUCUGGGGGAAGAGGAAAGCUCCUCAAUAAUGAUCAAGAGCUUGCCAUUGUAGAAAUGGUUGUUGCAAAUAAUGCAAUAAAACUGCAUGAAAUUCAAACUAGAAUUGUGGAGGACCAUGAGAUAUUUGACAAUAUCGAUAGCAUCAGCCUCACAACCAUUACGCGGACAUUGUCCAAACACAGAGUGCGGAUGAAGCAGCUCUACACUGUUCCCUUUGAGAGGAACAGUGAGAGAGUCAAGGAGCUAUGA